UAAAUCGAUAAAUCGAUAACGCUGACAGCUCAAUCGUAUUUUGAAGCAGGCGGCUAGUCAAUCAAGCACGUGCUGCCGGUUCCAAAACACAAUUAAAUUUGUAUUCUUAUUUUGUGGCACCGCAUGCAAUGGCUGAAAUAUCAGCAUACCAGAUACCAGAUGCCGAGAAACCAUCACCAGCCAAGAAGCAGCAGCAAAAUAAUGCAGCGCUGUCGCCAAAAAAUGCACCAAAGCACACCGCAAAUCAUAAUGGUGAAAUCAAGGAAAAUGGCGGUGCCAAACAAAAUGGCGUCGCCAAAAGUCCAAAAGCAGUGCAGAAAAUGACGGUGGCCAGUCCCAAAAAAGUGCUGAAGCCAAACGGAUCAGGGAAAAAAACAGCAAAUUCAAAUUUGAAUGAAUCGCAACGGAAGAAAAAACAAAUGUCCGACGAUGAUAGCAAUGAUUGUGGCGACAUUACUGUCGAUCUUACGAUCAAUGAUGUCGAUAGCAACGACACAAUCAACGAUGACGAUGACGUCGACGACGACUACGACGACGACUACGACUACGACGACUACGGCGACGACGACGACGACGACGAAGUCGAGUCACCAGCUGUUGCACCACCAAAAGCCGGACGUCGCUCCCAGGAUGCCAACAACAAUGUGGAGAAACCCGCGAUUACUGCGGUGGUCAAGCCCAAGGAGACGCUCCUCGGACGUCGCCAGCACGAUGAGGGAGAAGCCACCAAAGCAGAUGAAACUGGAAACUCGCAACCCAAGCAGCGUCGCGUUGGACACCUGGAUGAACCCGUCUGUGACGAGGUGCAUUUGCAAGACAGCGUGGAGGAAGGCAAACGUGCGCUCAGCUGGCUGAUGAAUCCCAUCGAGCCGCAGAAGUUCUUCCAAGGGUAUUGGGAGCAGAAUCCGUGUCGGGUGGUGAGACGCAAGGCUAAUUACUUCUCGCAUUUGAUGUCCUUUCCCAUGAUCGAGGAGAUGCUACUGAAGAAUCACUUGGAGUUCACCACAAACAUCGAUAUCAGCAGCUAUAAGAAUGACAAACGCAAGAUCCACAAUCCUGAUGGACGCGCCAUGCCGCUCACCGUUUGGAGCUAUUACUCAAACGGUUAUAGUGUCCGCUUUUUGAAUCCCAGCACUUAUCUGGAGAAGUUGCGUGCGUUGUGCACCCGACUCCAGGAGUUCUUCUAUUGUCUGGUGGGUGCGAAUGCGUAUUUGACGCCACCGAAUAGUCAGGGAUGUGCACCGCAUUACGAUGACAUCGAAACGUUCGUCCUGCAGGUGGAGGGACGCAAACGUUGGCGUCUCUACAUGCCACCGUGUCCCAGCGAUAUUUUGGCACGCGUCUCCUCGGGCAAUUACAGCCAAAAGGACUUGGGAGCACCGACACUCGAUGUGGUCCUCCAACCCGGUGAUAUUCUCUACUUCCCCAGGGGCACCGUUCAUCAGGCGGUGACCGAGGAACAACAGCAUUCACUGCACAUAACGCUGAGCGUCUAUCAGCAAUCCUAUGCGAAUCUGGUCGAGAAAUUGAUGCCGUCUGUCAUGGCGCGUGCCAUUCGUCAGCAUUUGAAUUUGCAUCGCGGUCUCCCGCUCGAAACGUGGCGUCACUUGGGAUAUGCCGCUGGUUGUCAAAUGUCCGAGGAGCGUGACAAAUUGCUCGGUGACAUCACGAAGCUGGUGCAAACUUAUUUGCUGCCCAGUGCCGAACAAAUCGAUGCGGCUGUCGAUCAGUUGGCCAAGCGAUUUCAACACGAGGCCUUGCCGCCAAUUGUCCAGGAGGAGGAAAAGGCACGAACCGUCUUUGGUUCGGUCAGCGAGAUCGAUAAACAGGGCAAUCGUCAGCCCGAUUACAAUCUAACUGGGAGCACCGAAGUGCGUCUGUUGCGUGCCAACAUUUUGCGUCUGAUUGAAGAGGGAACGGUUUUCCGUAUCUAUUACUAUCUGGAUAAUGCGCUCGAGUAUUGCAAGUUUGAUGCCAGCUAUAUGGAAAUCCAGCCCGACGAGGCGAUGGCUGUGGAAGCUCUGAUCAAGGCAUAUCCGAAGUAUACGUCGGUCAAGGAGCUGCCGCUGUGCCCUCAGGAUCGUCGCAUUGAGUUGGCCACCGCACUCUGGGAGCGUGGACUGCUCAUGACCAAAGAGCCCUUCAAGUAAAAAUAAAAAUUACUAUAUUUUUCUAUCCUUUCAUAUUAAAGUCAAUUUAAUGGAAGUGAAACGAAUUCAAUUAUAUAAAAGCUAAUGACAAACCUAUAGAUCUAAAGCAUUUAAUUUUUGAUGAAUAUAAACUAAACUAAUAUAAAGAUUUUUUCAAGCAACGGUUAAAGAAUAAGCUGGUUGAUUAAAAAUAAAGUCAAAUGUAAUGACUAGAAUACAUUAU